AUGACCGCCUUAAGAAUUCUUGUACCCGUCAAGAGGGUCAUUGACUAUGCCGUCAAACCCCGCGUCAACAAAGCCCAAACAGCCAUCGAGACCAACGGUGUCAAACACAGCAUGAAUCCCUUCGACGAGCUCUCGAUCGAAGAAUCCGUGCGUAUCCGCGAGAAGAAAUCCGCGCCCGGCGGCGUCGAAGAAAUCCUCGCCUUUUCCGCCGGACCACCCAAAUCGCAAGAUAUUCUGCGCACAGCCAUGGCGAUGGGCGCCGAUCGCAGUAUCCUAGUUGAGAUCAAAGACGGGGAGGAACUGGAACCAUUGGGAGUUGCGAAGCUGUUACAAAAGGUUGUGGAGAGGGAGAAGAGCAAUUUGGUGUUUUUGGGGAAACAGAGUAUUGAUGAUGAUGCGGGGCAAACGGGGCAGAUGUUGGCGGGACUGUUGGGGUGGAGUCAGGCGACGCAGGCGAGUAGGGUGGAGUUUAAGGAUGGGGAUAUUGUGGAGGUGACGAAGGAGGUGGAUGGGGGGACGGAUGUGGUGAGGGGAAAAUUGCCCAUGGUUAUUACGACGGAUUUGAGAUUGAAUGAGCCGAGAUAUGCGAGUUUACAGAGUAUUAUGAAGGCAAAGAAGAAGAAGUUGGAGAAAACUACAUUGGGUGAUUGGAGUGUGGAUGGUACCAAGAGGUUAAAGACUUUGAAGAUUAUUGAACCACCGCCAAGACAAGGAGGCGGUAAAGUCGCUGAUGUAGACGGGAUGAUCUCCAAGUUGAAGGAACUGGGCGCAUUAUAA